AACGUCGUGCGAAACCUUCAACGAUUACUGUCAUGGCUAUAGUGAAACGUACGAGACUCUGAUCGCAUAUGCCGUUGGGUUCCCAAGCUGAACUUCAUACCGCCGCGUACGAAAUUCCGGGUUUAACGCAACUUAUUCCCUUAAUCGCGGAAGAACGUGUUAUUUUGCUAAAUUUUUCUGUGUUCCUCGUGAACUGUUUGACCGUAGAUUUUAAAUCGUGCCGCUGCCCUUCAGUGCGAGACUACCUCGCCUUUAUUUACUUGCCCUUGGCUGUAUUGGAAUUUGAGCCUUUCGCCGAUUCCAUUUGACGUCCAGAGAACGUGUUGUAUGAGUCAGAAAGCAGAGAAACCGACGCUAUCUGGUCAGCGUAUUAAGACCCGAAAAAGAGAUGAAAAGGAGAAGUACGAUCCCAUCGGAUUCAGGGAUCAACUGUUGCUCGGACUUCAGGAAAACGAUAUAGAGCAGAUUAGCAAGUUUCUGGAUCAGGCAGGUGGCAAGCUUGAUUAUCGACGCUACGGCGAAACUCUUUUUGAUAUCCUCAUCGCUGGCGGCAUUUUAGCCCCCGGCGGGAGCCUAGUUCAAGAUGCAGACGCAAACAAGCCUGUAUCGACGAAAAUCUGCCUAUUCCAUCAGAAUGAGGACACGGACUCGAUCCGGUCAUUUGCACAGGUGUUCGUUAAGUUGAUGCGACGCUACAAGUAUCUCGAGAAGAUGUUUGAAGAGGAGAUGAAAAAAAUCCUCGUUUUCCUGAAAGGAUUCGAGGAUGCUCAACGACACCGACUUGCCAAGGCUACUGCUUUCUGGCUGGCCAGCUCGACUCUCCCUCCCACGUGUCUCAUAAACUUGCUGCAGGAGCACCUGGUGAAAGAUGGAAUUGCUUUGGAAUUCUUGCUUGAAGUCGUUUGCACUUGGAAGCAAGAGAAAGAUAUAACCAGCUUGAAAAACGCGCUGAAGAAGGCUGGAAUUGACAACAGGCUGAUGGAAUUCUUCCCACCCAAUAAACGGAGCACGGACUAUUUCAAGAGCGUGUUCGAAGAAAAGGGACUCUUGGAAAUCGUCGCGUUCCAUAAUUUGCAAGCCCACACUGAGACCAAGAAACUGAUGCAAAAGGAAUUGGACAGGAUGAUUAAGGAUGAGGAAGCUCCGAAGCAACUCACUACCUACAUCAAGGACACGAUGGGCAAGUGCAACUUGGAAGACAAGGACGUUGUGACGAUUCUCUGGAAUGCCGUGAUGGGGAGUGUGGAAUGGAACAAAAAGGAGGAACUUGUUGCUGAGCAGGCUUUCAAGCACCUCAAGCACUAUGCGCCAAUGUUUGCCGACUUUACGGGGAACAACGCGAAGGCAGAACUCGCGUUGCUCAUCAAGAUUCAAGAAUAUUGCUACGAUAACAUGAGUUUCAUGAAGACGUUCCAUAAAAUCGUGCUGCUCUUGUACAAGACGGAUGUUUUGAGCGAAAAUGUUAUUUUGCACUGGUAUCGAGAGGCUCAUUCGCCGAAAGGGAAGAGUGUGUUUCUCGAGCAGACCAAGCGACUCGUUGAAUGGCUUCAAAAUGCCGAAGAAGAAUCUGAGGACGAAGAGGAUGAUGAUGAGUAAUGGAACCCUGAGAGACAAGGUCCUUCUUCAAUGCAGACUGCCGGCUUACAAGUUCCCCUCAAUGCGUUCGCGGGCGCCAUUCGGGUUUUAAUUGACGCAUAUACGUUCCCUCGAUUUUUUUUUCUUUUUCCGUCUGUGUUAUCACCGGAUAUUCUUGAUCUUUAAAGAAAAGAAAAAACAAAAACGAAAGAAGUCUUACCAACUAACGGCUUAAGGUGUUUCUUUUGAUCUUCUCUCGCGGCGGCGGGUCCGUUUCGGAAAAUGAAAAAAAAAAGAACUAUAUGAA